AUGUCAGCUGCCGUGCGGUCAACUGAUUGUGCCGCUCUGCCUUCUCGCCUGCUCAGUGCUCACCUCUAUCUCUCUGUCAGUUUCACUGAACAGACAUGUUGCCACCCUCCAAAAACUAAAGAAAUUAUCUGUGAGGGAGAAUAUUCAUUCCUCAACUGUGACACUGGAUUUAUAAAGGUCCUUGAAGCCAACUAUGGGCGGAAAACUCAAAUUUUUGCUGCUUCCAAGAAACAUCCCUCCUAUGUUUUUUAUUGCCUGGCCAUGUAUCAUAGGUGUAUUGGAAGAGAUAGCUGUUCUGUUCCUGCAGUGAAUGCUGUUUUCUCUGAUCCUUGUUCUGGCAUUUCUAAAUACCUAUAUUUUUCCUACCAGUGUCUCCCAUUUAGUAAGUCACACAUGCACAUAACUGUUCCUCUCCUCAGACCAAAAGCCUGCAUUCCAGAUACUACAGCAACAAUACUUUAUCUGAAGUCACAUCACAAAUACACACAAACUUUAAAUCUUCAGCUUGAAAAAAAUGAAAUUAAAAUAUUUUUGAUCCUUAGGUGCAAUGGGAAGGAGUCUUGUCAACGAAGUGCUUCAAACUCUGAAUUCUCUGAUCCAUGUAUCGGUGUAAAUAAAUACUUGGAGGUGACUUACAGCUGUAUAUAGUUUUGUGAAGAAGAAUCUACAAGACACAACUUGGAAAAGCAGAGGCAGCAUAUUUGCUUUUCCACACACACUGAUGUCCCUUGACCAAAGAUAUGACAUAUCACAAUUUAUUACACAAGUAUUAAAAAAUGUUUCAGCAAAUGUUACAAUAUAAUUUUGAGGAAUAUUGAUUUUAUGAA